AUGGUGGUCCGCAGUGAAGAUGAUUCAUCUGACACUGAUACAUGCGAACCACCAAGUCCAAAAGACACAGAAGUGGAAGCUGUCGAUAGCCUAUUCAAAACACUGUGGGACAACGUUGAAAACCAUCGAAAGGCCGGCAUAAUCAGAAGGUCGUAUAGCCGUAAAACAGAGGCUUUGUUGGAGCGUCAAAAAGGGAAGUGGCAAGAGUUCUGCCUUGCACUCAAAGUUGACCCGCAUCAGCAGCUCCACAAGGCGGAUGCAUCUGUUUUCAAAGCCUUCCUUGAAUGGAGAGUUGAGAAAGGACGGAUUUUGAAAGUCUCUGCAAUCCAAAACUACUGGAAGGCACUCAGUUCUAUUUAUGCCGCGACAACACAAAACUGGCUCGGGGAGUCUAUUCUGGCGGACGUAGGCGGUUUCAUCCAUGAGGUGCUGAAGCCAAGGUACAAUCUAAGUGAAGAGCAGAAGGCGAAGGCUGGUCUUUACGUCGAGGAUCUAGAUAUCCUGUUGAGCCAUCACUGGCUCUCUGAUACGGAAGUAUUCCCACACGAACGCCUGCGCCUCCAGCUAGCCAUCCUCCUCACAAUUGCGGGAGCCACUUCUUCGCGACCAACGGCACUCUUGAGUUUGCGGUACCGUGAUCUUGAGUUCGCUGUCUUUCCACCGACGAAAGGCCUUGGCCGGUCGCAGCUGACUCUCACCGUACGUCUCACCAACACUAAAAGACGAGGGUAUAAGCAGCACGCGGUCAAGUUUGGUUUCCACGAACAGGAGAACCUUAUCCAUUGCCCCGUCUUGGGAUUCCUGGCCCUGGCCCUGGCGGACGGUGCAUUCCACACCCCCACCAGACUGGAGAAAAUAUAUUCUCUUCAAGUCCCUGACCAUCAAGAUCGCGUCACGCUCUACUUCAAGCCGGAGAUUGCAGACAGAUAUGUCUUUCAGCGCAUGGAUGGAGUGGAGGGGCCUCUCGAGUACAGCCAGGCUCGGUACGCCCUACAGCGGCUGGGCAACUCCUGUGGGUACCUAGACAAACUCAUGUUUUAUGACCUACGCCGUGCUUCUGGCAAGAUGCUCAAUGAAGCAUACACGCCCGAGGAACGAAACCAGAUCAUGGGUCACACCGGCGGCACUUCUGCUGUCUACAGAAACUACUACAUGCCAGAGUUCGUCGACAAGGAUGUCCAAUCCGUCUACUUCGGCGUGACGCCACGGGAUAACGUGAUUCGUGCGAUUGGAAGAAUCCGCCGAAAUGCUCUCGCUCCAACGCGACUGACGCAGGACCAGCAGGACGAGGUGAAGCGAGAUGCCAAGCUCAACGAAGCAUAUGCAUCUCGUGACGAGGCCAAGCGUCUCGUGAAGCUGCGCUGCGGCACCGUGGCAAGCGCUAGGCAGAGGCAGGGCGAGCUCGAUGACGACUUGAGGCUGCUGCUUCAAAAGUACGAGUCCGCAGCCAAGAAGGCCUUGAACCUUCGUACCAGCCUGAAGGGCCAAACUCUGCGCCAGUCGAUGAGGGACUUCCACACGUUGGCAGACAUCGAUCUCGUCACUGGCUCGGCACAAAGCACCCAGCAGGAGGCCUCAUCCUCACAACCUCAAUAUGAGCUGCAGGAGCGAGCUGGGAUCGCCGAGGCUCUCCGAGACUCCAUGCAACAGUACGAGGGUCGAGAGCUUGAUCGGAUUCGGAUCCGACUCGUGGAAAACAUGGCAAACCUUUGUCACAUGAGAGAGACAAGCACACGUCAUCGUGGCACCAAGCGAGCCGUCCAUUGUCCAGAGUCGGACUCGGAUUCGGAGCAGGAUGUGAAAAGGCGCAAGGUCUCAUCUGGGGCAUCGAGCAGCCUACAGAGUGUCUUCCGCGUGAAGGCCAAGCCGGUCAACCUCUCCUGCCCAUUCUGCCAACUCGACCCUUCUCUUGGCCCCGUGAGGAAGAACCACCAAUAUGCACGGAUUGAUAGUCUAGGCACACACAUCUUCAAGCAGCAUUUCAACGAGGCAGGCCUAUAUAGAGGCAGUGAAGGCGGUGGAGGCCCCGAGUUCUGUUGCCCCUAUUCAGAUUGUAUGGAACUUCUUCUUGGGGCCGCAGACUUUGCCGGGCAUGCGCAUGUGGUGCACGGUCUGGCCUCAUUCCAGAAAUCAACGCUGCCCCAGGCUGCUACAGCUGGCUCUGUGAUCCAAGCGCUGAAUCAGGAUUUUCAUUUGUAUACAGCUUGA